GCCAAAACGAUAUUGUAUCCAUCCACACGAAGCUUCCGAUCAAUUUUCCGAAUGUCUCCGUUUAACCAAUCUCCCCCAAGCCUCCGUAGCAAGGGCUAUCUCCCCUUCUGCACUUCAUUUGCCUGGUAGCAGCUUGCUCGGCCGAAAGAAAAUUGCCACUGGGAGAGCGAAUCUCCGAGAGCAGAGAGCCGCUGGGGGAGCGGAUGUUGCUCGUGUUCGUGCCUCCGGUGCCGCUGGCGAAUUCCUCGAGGUCGAAGCAUUCGCUGUAGGUGUGUUUGCGUGGCGGGCGGGCAGAGAGGGAGACGUUGGA